UGACUUCAGUCGCACCAAACACGUAGCUCCAUAUAAAUUCCAAGAACUUUCCUCAAUUACCCUGGCGGGCGGCUACUAUUUUUUUCCUCUUUAUUUGACUAAACCACUUGUCCCAAUUCGAUUCAUCAUCCAUUGUUUCAUCUUCUAAGGUUUCAAUUUUGAUCAUUUUUGAGUUACAUUUACUCUCAAAUUCAUAUUUUUAGGAUACCCUUUUGGUUACUGAACCAUUUUGUGGUUGUAAUUUUUUGAUUAGUGAAGAGAUGAAGAUGUUUGGGUUAUCUGAUUCGGAUUCUUUUGCCGGUUUUGCAUCAUCAAAGAAUGUUUUUCCACCGGGGUUUAGGUUUCAUCCAACAGAUGAGGAACUUGUUCUGUACUACUUGAAGAAGAAGAUCUGCCGGAAGAGGAUUCUGCUUGAUGCAAUCGCUGAGACUGAUGUUUACAAAUGGGAUCCGGAGGACUUGCCUGAUCUAUCUAAGUUGAAAACUGGGGACCGGCAGUGGUUCUUCUUUAGCCCCAGAGAUCGAAAGUAUCCUAAUGGAGCACGGUCAAACAGGGCAACAAAGCACGGACAUUGGAAAGUUACGGGAAAGGAUCGAACUAUUACGUGCAAAUCUCGUGCUGUUGGAGUUAAGAAGACCCUAGUCUUUUAUAAAGGCCGAGCACCAGUAGGUGAACGGACAGACUGGGUAAUGCAUGAGUAUACCAUGGAUGAAGAAGAGCUGAAAAAAUGUGAAAAUGCCCAGGACUACUAUGCGCUUUACAAGGUAUUUAAGAAGAGUGGCUCUGGGCCUAAGAAUGGUGAGCAGUAUGGUGCACCUUUUAGAGAAGAGGAAUGGGCUGAUGAUGAAUGUCCAAGUGCCAAAGGAUUUGUCCAUCAGGAUAAUUCCACUAAGCAUGUUAAUGAAGCUCCUUCUGUGGAUGGUGGACUUGAGGAGUUGCCUGUGCUUAUGGAGCCACUUUCUGCAGAUUAUGAUUAUGCACUGGAGCAGCGUGUACAUGAGGAAGAAACUCGAAGUACCUUGCUGGAUAAUUCAGCAAAGGAAGUUAAUUUUCCCAACCACAGUGUGGUGAUUGCCCCAGCAAAGGAAAGCUUUGACUUGACACAGUCAGGCACAUCACAGCUGCAGUUACACGAGGCACCAGAAGUCACAUCUGCUCCUGUUAUUUAUGAACAGCAGCUACAUGUGGUGGAAGAGGAUUUCCUUGAAGAUUAUCUGGAGAUUGAUGACCUUCUUGGUCCAGAGCCAGGCACUCAGAACUUUGAUAUCCCGGAGCUGGGUAAAAACUUUGAUGAGGCAGGACCAAGUGGUCAAAACUUUGAUAAGCCUGCUGUAAACUUCGAAGAUUUGCAAUUCGAUUAUUUAGAUGGGUUGACAGAGUUUGACCUGUAUCAUGAUGCACCCUUGCUUCUUGAUGAUAUAAGAACAACUGAAGUGGGGCCAAUUACUGAACCAUACAUGAACAACUUUGUGAAUGAUUCUGUAAACCCUGCUUCUACAACGUAUAUAAGCACUUUUCAGCAUGAAAUGAUGAACAACCAGCUAAUGUAUUUGAAUGAUGGAGAACAAAUUAGCAAUCAACUGUGGACACAUGAUCAAAGGUUCAACAUCUCUAACCCCAGCGAGGCAAAUCAGUUGGUUGUUCCUCCAGUUACUUCAGGUGUUGUAUAUGAUAGUUAUUUGGCAAAUCAUCCUAUGGGCGCAAAUCAGAAUCAGCUACCCAAUCAGGAUGAUGGUACACCAUCAUGGUUAUCUUCUCAGUUGUGGGCCUUCGUGGAUUCUAUACCUACCGCUCCUGCCAUAGCUGCUGAAAGUCCUGUGGUUAAUAGUGCCUUUAAGCGCAUGUCUAGCUUUAGUAGGAUGAGAAUAAACGCCAGGAACAUGAAUGUUAUGGCAGGUAAUACAGCAACUUCAAGAAGUUCACGCUGCUCUAAGAAUGGGGUUUUUUAUUUUUCUUUUCUUGGAAUACUUUGUGCAAUCUUAUGUGUGUUAGUAGGAAUAUUUGUUGAUGUCUCGAGGAGACACAUAUCCUCUUAAAUAUGCAAAGACAAUUUGAUGUUCUAUCAUCUGUCAUCUUGCCAGAAUCAAUGACAAACAGCGCAUACAUUCUAUGGGUAUAACAAAAUCUACUUGUAAGUAUGAUGUCUAAAUUCCCUCUUUCCCUUAGUAGUUGUUUGGUUGCUGGUUAGAGUUAUGCCGGUAUUAGUAACACAAAUAUUAGUUAUGCAGGGUUAAGUUAUACAUGAUUUAGUUAUUCAUGUAUUAGUCAUUCCACUUUCUACCUUGCAUAAAAUAAUACAUAGGUUCUCUCAUAACUUAUACAUGUAUUAGUUAUGUACAUGUAUUAGUUAUGUAGAAAAGAAAAACAUGAACCUUGCAUUGUAUUAGCAAUGCUAUGUUUUAUGUAUAAAGAGAAAAAAUCAACCAAAACAUUGUAUACUUUAUGCUAGAUUCUACAUGAGUAUUAUUUUUCCUCAUUUUCGUAACCAAAUAACUUACAAAGGUAUGCUAGUUUUUAAUACAUGAAUAACUCCUCUCUAACUAGCAGCCAAAUGACCCCUUGUACCCACCCUAAAUUAGGAACAAAAAGGAAAAAAUAACAUUAGGAAAAUUCCCUCAAGUGAACAGAAGAACAAAGGAAUUAUGCAAUUGGCAAUUUGACUGAAGUUUUGAGAUUAUGUCAUAAUCAGUUUUUCUUUGCUUUUAGAGUUAUGAUUUGCAGGUGUGAAAAUAAUUGGAUUUAAUUUAGGUGAGUCCAAGUUGAUUUCUGAUUUGGAAGGUUCGAUGUGGCUUGAAAUUUGAUUUUGUGUUUAGUUUUCUUGUUUAUAGGUUGGACAGGUUGGCCUAUUUGGUCAGGUAAAUUUGGUUUGGUGCUUCCUUGUUUUCGCUACGCGGGGGGAGAUUGUUUUAACUUGUCUUGAUUAUGCAACAUAAUUUAUGCACAGCUGUAUAAUCAAGUUACUACCUGCUACUUUUUCUUUGUUAAAUUGCUUGCUAUGAAGUGUUUAUCUUUCAGCUCA